CCCACGAUCGUCUGGCGUCUCAGUGAAGCAGCAUCCUGCACCAAGCCACGCUCGCUGCAAUCUUCUGGACUUGCCUGCCGCUGUUGUCGUUUGGAUGUGAGAGGGGCGAGAUCAGCAGACGAGAGAGAGGGAGGGAUGAUCAACAGGAGGAGGUGGUGAUUGCUGCAGGAAGGGAGAGAUGCUGUCGAUCGGGAGCAGCAGCAGGGGCCUGGCUGCUCUCCUGUUCCUCUCUAUCCUCUCUUCCUUUGCAAUACACUCUCCAGAAGGGAAUCCCGAUGCGAAGCGGCUGUACGAUGAUCUCAUCUCGCGCUACAACAAGCUGGUUCGGCCGGUGAUCAACGUUUCGGAGGCCCUUACGGUCUCCAUCAAGCUCAAGCUGUCGCAACUCAUCGAAGUGAACCUCAAGAAUCAAAUCAUGACAACAAAUCUUUGGGUUGAACAGUACUGGAACGACUAUAAACUCACCUGGGAUCCGAGGGAAUACGGAGGGGUGGACAUGCUCCAUGUGCCAUCUGACCAUAUAUGGAGGCCGGAUAUCGUCCUCUAUAACAAUGCGGACGGGAACUUCGAGGUGACUCUGGAGACGAAAGCUCAACUGGACAACCGGGGCACUAUCCAGUGGAAACCUCCGGCUAUCUACAAGAGCUCCUGCGAGAUAGACGUCGAAUACUUUCCAUUCGACGAGCAGACCUGUCUCAUGAAAUUCGGCUCGUGGACCUACGACGGGUUCAAGGUAGAUCUGCGGCACAAGGAUGAGGUGGAGGGCACGAAUCGGGUCGAGAUCGGAAUCGACCUGAGCGAAUUCUACUUGAGCGUCGAGUGGGACAUCCUCGACGUGCCCGCCAUCCGGAACGAGAAGUUCUACACGUGCUGCGAGGAGCCGUACAUCGACAUCACCUUUAACAUCAGCAUGCGCCGGAAGACGCUGUUCUACACAGUCAACCUCAUUAUUCCAUGCAUGGGCAUAUCCUUCCUAACGGUCCUGGUUUUUUACCUGCCCUCGGACUCGGGCGAGAAAGUGUCGCUGUCCAUCUCGAUUCUGCUCUCGCUGACCGUUUUCUUCCUACUGCUGGCCGAGAUCAUUCCGCCCACCUCGCUGGUGGUGCCGCUGCUCGGCAAGUACUUGCUCUUCACCAUGAUACUCGUCACGCUCUCCAUCUGCGUCACGGUGGUCGUGCUCAACGUACACUUCAGGACGCCUUCCACUCACAAGAUGGCGCCGUGGGUGAAGAGAGUUUUCCUCCAUCUCUUACCGAGGCUUUUGCUCAUGCGAAGGCCCGCUUAUCCAGACGACACUCCUAAGGUGAUGGUUCGCACCUGUAAUGGUACUGAGUUACAGCCACAGGAUUACGUGGGGGGCGGCCGCUGCCCCAGCUACGACGACCUGCCCCACUACAGUGGAUGCCGCAUCCAUGGCCCGAAGGAAGAGGACAUAACGCCUACGCCCAUGGUGGAGCCGCACCGCAGGUUGCACUUCUGCCCCGAUCUGCAGAGGGCCAUGGAAUCCGUUCACUAUAUAGCUGAUCACACGAGACGUUACGAGGAUCAAAUGAGUCAGGUGAAAGAGGACUGGAAAUAUGUGGCAAUGGUUCUGGACCGGCUCUUCCUUUGGAUCUUCUCGGUGGCUGUCCUGGUCGGCACAUGCGGAAUCAUCCUGCACGCCCCCACCCUCUACGACACGCGGGAGCCCAUCGACAUGAUGAUGUCAGAGGUCGCCAUAGCCACGUUCCACCACCACAGGGGUCUCACGUGACUCCCCGCUCACACGGUCCUUUCUUGCAGUCAUCGUCAUUGAGGAACGUCCACCAAUGAUGGCACGCAUUCGCUCUGCUUGCUGCCACGGUAGCCAUUUUGUUUUUUUGCGCCAUUUUCUUUUUCCCAGAGAAUGCUCAGAAAUUUAGACUAUUGGGAAAUUUCAUUUAUUUUGUUUUUAGGAAAA